AUGGCUGACACCUUGAAACUGGGACCGCAGUCAAGCUAAGAGCAGUGAGUUGUACAACUGGCCCCUGGGAGUUCAAACACAAACCACUGUAGCUUAUUGUGGAAUAUUUGAAACAAGGACUGUUCGUUUUUAAUUGUAGGAUUUUUAUCAUUUCUAGGUCUGCCCAAAGGAUAUGUUCGCAACACAAAGAUGCGUGUUCCCCAUUUAGCGACGAUGAUUUAACAGACGAAACUUUAAGCGGUCGAGAAUCUGUUGCGAGCAGUUGUCUUGAAACAGAGUUAGAAUUUGAACAACAUUUCCCAGAAUCACUCGAAAACGUCAAGCAGGGGAGUAAUGCCCGCACGCUUUACCUGCAAGCCUGUGAAUGCAUGGGUGUAGUGCCGAUUAAACGGCUCUUACAUCAACUAUGCAGCGAUGAAAUACGCAUAACUCACCGAAAUUUAAACGAUACUGAUUGCAAAGCAAUUUCAAACGCUUUGCUAGUGAAUAAAACGGUCACUACCUUAGAUUUAUCUAAUAAUUUGAUAACAGACAAGGGCGCCUUGUAUCUUGCCAGCGCUAUGGUGGAGCGGGACCUGGUGAGAGUUUUAGUUUUGGCGGGAAAUAAGCUCGCGUAUAACAGCGCUGAAAUUUUUGCAGAAUUGCUCCAAAGAAGUAAAAGCCUCGCUGUUUUAGAUUUGUCGGGCAAUAAAAUCGACGAUAAAGCUUGUGUUGUAUUAGCCGAAGCUCUCAAAAGCAACAAAACGCUACAAGAUUGCAACUUAAGUCAUAAUAAACUCAGCGAAAACGCCGGAACAGCAUUAGCCGAAGCUUUAACCUACAAUACUACACUUCAACGGCUGAACCUAAGCUGGAACCUCAUACGUCAUGGUGUAGUUCCCAUAGCAACCGCACUCUCAACCAAUCAGGCGCUACACAUUUUCGACCUAUCUUGGAAUGGUGUUGACGAUCUCGGAAUCCGCGCUCUUGUAGGGGGAUUGGAGACAAAUACCGCACUGGAAGAGUUAAAUUUGUCCAGGAAUAAUAUUUCUGAUUCGGGUUUCCUAGAACUUGUGAAAGUCUUAGAAAAAUGUCGUCUGCAAAAGUUGGACAUUUCAAGAAAUAGUUGUUUUGGUUUAAACAAAGCACUAGAAAUUUUAUUGAUAUUACUGCAGGAGGAAAAAACUGAGUUGAAAAUAGUCAACAUAGGUAAUGCUCUGGGGUCGGUUUUGUACCAAGUCCGUUUAGCGUAAACGGUGGAUAAGUCAAUGAUAAAAUAACUCUCUCGUACAUUUUGUGAAUGGCUAAACUUAAAAUUUAUAUAUUGAAUAUGCAGUUGCAAACAUUAUUGCUCUAUUCAUGUUGAAAAACUUUAGUUUUGGUCUUAAAUGAACAUGUAGUCUUGGUUAUCCACCGGAUAUUAAGGUAAACAGGCUUCGUACAACCGGCCCCUGAUCUUAAAAUAUAACUGAACCGUCGUGCAUGAUUCAAGAAAUGUCUGGAGAGAAACGUUUAGAUGGAACUGAUUAAAAUGUUAGUUUACUUACAGUCUCACUCUAAGACACCUCAGAUUUUCUUGAUAUGCUGCAGUUUCUUUCCAAUGUGAUGACUCUCCCUGGAUCUCUAGAAAGAACAGUUGGAUAAAAUUAAUUCAGUUUCGUGAUAAUGGUCAUAAGUGGUGGGCAUUAUCGGUCUUAGGGAGAACAUUUUAAAACUGAUACACCUUUAUAAGUUCUUUGUAUGUUUGCAUGGCGAUAAAACAUAUAAUAGUUUUGUUUGUGGAAAUACCACGUAAAUUUAUUACUGCAAAGCUUUCGAUCCGUGAGCCCGGAUUAGUUUAGUUCAGGUUUCCUCCUGUAGUAACACUGAAUCAAUAAGAGAAAAUCCUUAUAGGACCUCUAGGGAGAACAGUUUAGAAAUGAUACAACUAUCCAGAAUAAAUAAAGUUAGUUUACGCGCGUGUUAUAAAGAACACUCUAUUUAAUAAUUCAAUUUCGUACUUUUAAUUCAGGUCAAAUACCAUUAACUAAAGAGACGACUCAACUCUUAACAGAACUCAAGACAACAAGAGCUGACGUCAACAUUUACCAUGGUUACACAACGCAAGACUCGUACCAGGCCAGUGCGCCGAAACAAAUGAACCCUUGCAAAAUAUUGAAAGAUUACGCAAUAACAAACCAACUUCACUCGUUCCAGUUUUUUCGAGCACUCGGUCAAAGCAAUGCAUAUCGGGAAACAAUAUCAAGUGAUGAAUUUGUGAUCGGGUUAAGGGGACUCGGUGUUUUUGACGAUCAUCAGAUAAAGGACGUCGUCAAUUUUUUAGACCGAGAUAGAAAUGGUUUGAUAGACUACAGUGAAUUUAUGACGAUAUUUUCAUGCGAGUAG